AUGGAGAUGUACUGCCUGGACUCUCUUUCCAACAUCUCAGAACAGCACGGCAUGUUCUGUAACAUCACGUUGCUAAACGUCACAGGAAAUGACUCUGGGACCAAAUCCAUCGAGGACCUCCUACUGGAAUUUCUAGGGCCGAAGCGUUCUCCCGUCUUCCUCCCUAUCACCCUGGUUUACCUGCUCAUCUUCUUUCUUGGCGUGUCUGGCAACCUUCUCACAUGCGCAGUGAUAUCCAAACACAAGAAGAUGCGUACCACCACCAACCUGUUCCUGUUCAGCCUGGCUGUGUCGGACCUCCUGGUGCUCCUCUUUGGGAUGCCCCUGGAGAUCUACGACAUGUGGCAGAACUACCCCUUCCCAUUCGGCGAGGGAGUCUGCUACUUCAAGAUCUUCCUCCUUGAGACCGUCUGCUUCGCUUCCAUCCUAAAUGUGACAGUGCUGAGUGCGGAGAGGUACAUCGCCGUGGUCCAUCCACUAAAAAUACGCUAUGUCUCCACCAACAAGCAUGCCAAGCAUGUCAUCAGUGCCGUAUGGGUGGUGUCCCUGGUCUGUGCCAUCCCCAACACCUCCCUGCAUGGCAUCUACUACUUGAAUCUCCCGGAGAAGGUGGCAGAGUCAGCCAUAUGCAGUUUGAUAGGGGCCCCGUGGAUCUAUAACCUGGUGAUCCUGAUCACCACUGCGUGCUUCUACAUYGUGCCCAUGACGGUGAUAAGCGGUCUGUACCUGGUGAUGGGCAUCCAGCUGGGCAGGGAGCGACACCUUUCCCAGGGAACGAUGAGGAAGAACUGUAGCACCAACACCAACUGGAGAAUCCACGUAGAGCGAGGGCGUAGGAGACAAGCCACCAAGAUGCUUGCUGUGGUCGUGCUGGUGUUUUCCAUCUGCUGGGCGCCUUUCCAUAUCGACCGGCUCUUGUGGAGCUGCAUCAUGCAGUGGUCUGUCUGGACAGACCUCAACCAAACUGUGUACCAGUGUGUGCACCUCCUUUCCGGCAUCCUCUUCUACCUCAGCUCUGCAGUCAACCCCGUUAUCUACAACAUGCUCUCCACACGCUUUCGGGAAUGCUUCUGGGAUCUUAUCUGCAGACAUACGAAAGACACCACCUCUAGAAAAGACURCCCACCCUUCGCCAAAAUCCUGCUGGUUCCCUCUGGCCCAGUUCCUAAUUCCCAAGCCAGUCCCAGGGACCACAACUCCCUCACUUCCCUGUUAUCUCCAAUUGGGACUGGGAGCACAGAGAUCACAACACUGACAUGUGAACAUUCCUGUGUGGUAGACUCUGACUUCACUGCUACUGCUUUUUAA